CGCGGCGCGCUGCGGCCAGGGCGGCUGGGACGUUCCUUUAUUAAUUGGUUUAUUUGUGGAGCGCUCUCUCUGAACAGCCGCGAUGGCCAGCACCAGGAGCAUUGAGCUGGAGCAUUUUGAAGAACGGGACAAAAGGCCGCGGCCAGGGUCGCGGAGAGGGGCUCCCAGCUCCUCCGGGGGCAGCAGCAUCUCUGGCCCCAAGGGCAAUGGGCUCAUCCCCAGCCCUGCGCACAGUGCUCACUGCAGCUUUUACCGCACGCGGACCUUGCAGGCCCUCAGCUCGGAGAAGAAGGCCAAGAAGGCGCGCUUCUACCGGAAUGGGGACCGUUACUUCAAAGGCCUGGUCUUUGCCAUCUCCAACGACCGCUUCCGUUCCUUCGAUGCGCUCCUCAUGGAGCUCACCCGCUCGCUGUCAGACAAUGUGAACCUGCCCCAGGGCGUCCGCACAAUCUACACCAUAGAUGGCAGUCGGAAGGUCACCAGCCUGGACGAGCUGCUGGAAGGUGAGAGUUACGUGUGUGCCUCCAAUGAACCAUUUCGUAAAGUUGAUUACACCAAAAACGUUAAUCCAAACUGGUCUGUGAACAUCAAGGGAGGUACGACCCGAGCCUUGGCCGUGGCCUCUGUGAAAAGUGAGGUGAAAGAAAGCAAGGAUUUCAUCAAACCCAAGUUAGUGACUGUGAUUCGAAGUGGAGUGAAGCCUAGAAAGGCCGUGCGGAUCCUUCUGAAUAAAAAGACUGCCCAUUCCUUUGAGCAGGUCCUAACAGAUAUCACCGAAGCCAUUAAACUAGACUCAGGCGUGGUCAAGAGGCUGUGCACCCUGGAUGGGAAGCAGGUUACUUGUCUGCAAGACUUUUUUGGUGAUGAUGAUGUUUUUAUUGCAUGUGGACCUGAAAAAUACCGUUAUGCCCAAGAUGACUUUGUCCUGGAUAAUAGCGAAUGCCGUGUUCUGAAGUCCUCUUAUUCCCGAGUCUCAGCUGCUAAGUAUUCUGGAUCCAAAAGCCCAGGGCCCUCUCGCCGCAGCAAGUCACCAGCUUCAGUAAAGAGGGCUGGCCACUCCAGUGCCUAUUCUACAGCCAAGUCCCCAGUUAAUGGAACUCCCAGCAGCCAGCUUUCCACUCCAAAGUCCACGAAGUCCUCUAGCUCCUCUCCAACCAGCCCAGGGAGUAUCAGAGGACUGAAGAUUUCUGCUCAAGGUGGAUCUUCUUCCAAUGUAAACGGUGGACCUGAGCUUGACUGUUGUACGAGUCCUGAAGGUGUGAAUGGAAACAGGUGCUCUGAGUCAUUCACUCUUCUGGAGAAAUACAGAAUCGGGAAGGUCAUUGGAGAUGGCAACUUCGCAGUAGUUAAAGAGUGUAUGGACAGGUCUACUGGAAAAGAGUUUGCAUUAAAGAUCAUAGACAAAGCCAAAUGCUGUGGAAAGGAGCAUCUGAUUGAGAAUGAAGUGUCAAUACUGCGCCGAGUGAAGCAUCCCAACAUCAUCAUGUUGGUGGAGGAGAUGGAAACAGCAACUGAGCUCUUUCUAGUGAUGGAACUGGUCAAAGGUGGAGAUCUCUUUGAUGCAAUCACUUCCUCAACCAAGUACACCGAGAGAGAUGGAAGUGCCAUGGUGUACAACCUAGCCAAUGCCCUCAGAUAUCUGCAUGGCCUCAGCAUUGUGCACAGAGACAUCAAGCCGGAGAACCUUCUAGUGUGCGAAUAUCCGGAUGGAACCAAGUCCUUGAAGCUGGGAGACUUUGGGCUGGCGACAGUAGUUGAAGGCCCUUUGUACACAGUCUGUGGCACACCGACUUACGUGGCACCAGAAAUCAUUGCUGAAACAGGCUAUGGCCUGAAGGUGGAUGUUUGGGCAGCCGGCGUGAUUACGUACAUUCUGCUCUGUGGAUUCCCACCAUUCCGGAGUGAAAACAAUCUCCAGGAAGAUCUCUUUGACCAGAUCUUGGCUGGGAAACUGGAGUUUCCAGCCCCCUACUGGGACAACAUUACAGACUCUGCCAAGGAAUUAAUCAGUCAGAUGCUCCAGGUAAAUGUUGAAGCUCGCUGUACUGCAGGAGAAAUUCUGAGUCACCCCUGGGUGUCCGAUGACGCAUCCCAGGAGAAUAAUAUGCAAGCUGAGGUUACAGGUAAACUAAAACAGCACUUCAAUAACGCGCUCCCCAAACAGAACAGCACUACUACUGGGGUCUCCGUCAUCAUGAACACGGCUCUAGAUAAAGAGGGGCAGAUUUUCUGCAGCAAGGUCUGUCAAGACAGCAGCAAACCAGCAAGGGAGCAGACCUCCACAGUCCCUCCCUCAGCCCAGGAGGCCCCUCCCCCACACGAGUCUCCCAAGCCCCCUAGUCCUCCAGCCACAUCCGGCUGUGAUCUGGCGGGGACCUGGCGCCGCCACCGAGACUGAACUCUGUGUGGACAGGCCCCGAAGCUGCUGGAGGCUGCCGCUUCAGGAAGGCCGCUCUUCCACCAGGCCUCGCCAUCUCCGUGCUGAAGGAGCCUUUCUUUCCUCACUGCGGCUUUGACAGUUUGCUGGCAUGUUCUGUCACUGUCCGGGAACAACACUGAGGCGUCCUGGAGCCAGUGUUCGGCCUGGCCUCAUGUACUUUGGGCUCUGCCCUCUCUAGUUCCUGGCAUGGCUGUCAAGCCAUGUCAGUGUGGAAACAUAUUUGGAGUGACUCAUUUUAAAUCAUCCGUGUUUCUAGUUCAGUAGACACUUGGCUGCUGUACCCAGAGAAUGUGCAACCUUUAUCAGGAAUUACGUUCUUUUUAUAGAAAUGCAUUGGAAGGACUAGGAUUCUCCUAUUGACGGAUUUUCCAAGCGCUCCCUUCUCACUGGGGAUGGCCUCUGAGAAGCAACAUGGCCUCUUACUCUUCUUGGCCACCCGAGGCUCCUGAAUAGGAGAAAUGAGUACCCAAGAGGGCCGUGUGGUCAUCACCCUGAGUCCUGGUGUAGGGGAUGCAUUCUGACACCCCAGGAAGCAGCAGCUCCCCUCUGGCUGGGGUGCAGGGCUCACGGACCUAGCAGACGCGCCCCCAGUUUCCUCUCCUUUCCCUACGUGUGUAUUAAGAAAUGUUUAUGACGUUGUGUGUAUUAAGAAGUGUUUAUGACGCUGGCCUGGGGGUUUUACAGUGGGGAUAUGCAGCAGCUCUUGGCGGAGAGGAUCAGCUCGGCUGAGUCACCACCAGGGUCUCCUGUCCCUCUGCUCUCUGUCAGGAGCAGGCCAAAAGCCAUGGCGGUCUGCUGAGACCCAGCGGGGCCUGGGGUGCUUGGUGCUUCUGGAAUGUCCUGUGACCAACCUUCUGGAAGACUGCUGGCAGUUUUUCCUUUUUCCACCACCCUACUCUUUUUAAUAAUUGUAUAUAACUAUGUAUUUGUUUGACCUGCUUGUCUUCUAAACGGGUGGGCCCUACUGUUCACUCUUACUGUUAGAUUUUGCCUUCUCCAAGUACCCCAACCUGCAAUAAACUCUUCCCUCUUCAGAAAA